GUAUACUGGGUAGAAUUAGCUGAACCUGAACCAUUAUUAGCUUUUUUUAAAAUAUAUUUUUUAAGGGAAAUGUACAUUUGUGUCUCUGUCUUACAAUCAGCUGUAAACUUCUCUCUCUGUUAUUUGUGUUGUGGUUUUCAUAGUGGACAAGUCAUUUGCAGAGAGCGCCAUCCAUGCAGACUGAAAGUGGUCCUCUGCUGCCGUCAGGCGGUUAGAAAAAAAAAAUAAUGGCACCCGAUUCACAAGCCCCUCCGGUUUCUUGCUUUGCAGUAAAAUAUUAACUUGAUUUUUUUUCUCUCUUUCUGUUCAAGGCAUCCUUUCUUAAAAGAUAGCGGUGCAGAGAUAUUUCUCAAGGUAGAAUACAUAGAGACCAGGUAGAAUAAAAUAUCCGUCACCCUCAAGAAAAUGCGGCAUCCUUGAGUCACAAUCCAUGAUGAUCAUAGGCACUGUGGAACGCGCCACACUGCUAAAUCUAGAGAUCAAAUAUGAUGCAGCUCAAACAAAAUUAUUUAACUGACAAGUAGAUUUAUCUAUGUUUUAUUUUACGCUGAUAUUUUUGAAGUGUUCACAUAGAAAAAAGAUUUAUUAAAUUGGACAUAUUUUGCCAUUUAAUUUUUUACAAUUUUAAUAAACUUUCAGGUUAGACACUUAAAUUGAAGGAAAUAUGACUUAUAUAGCUAAAACACGCACACACACAGAAAAACAUUUAGUUGGGUCCAACAACUUGCCUCAACCUCAAAAAGCACCUAAUUGGUCUCAGGAAACUAGUUAGAUAUAGAAAUUGUUGUUGGAUGAACUUUCACAAUUUAUUUUACAUUAGCCUAAAUUUCUCUGCAAAACAAGAUUUAUAGAAAAUGAUAAACACUGAAUCUAAAUCUGUUGUUGCUUCAAGGCGUUAAAUCAGUCACAUUUAGAAAAACGAUAUAUGGGACAUCACACAGCAAGAUCAAAUGAUAAGUUGAACAGUCAGGUGUGCAUGCUGGGAAAUCUAUAGUUAUGCUAAAGUCGCCACAUGGCGCCACAUGUUAAAAUACCUUUUGGAAACUGUCCCUCUCCAUACAUAUAGCUCUGAUGGAGUUGAGUCACUCUAACGUUUAACAGUGGUGUUUCUUUUGUUGUUGUGUUUUACAGUUGUUUUUCCUGGUUCAGCCAGCCCUAUAUUCCAGGCCCUGCUGAAAAUGCCACCAACAGUUUUGUCCUCCGCAGCCUUACCCCGUUUCUCAAGUGUCUGUCUGUGUGAAUGAGUGUGUGUGAAAUCAGAUGUCUCUCCCUGCCUCCCUCCCUUUCUUCUCUCUCUCUCUCUCUUUUUUUUAAAAAAAGGAAAUAUUUUAUUAUUAAAUUAGCCUGUUUCCAGAUUACACAGCCAUGGAUGAUCAUCUGAUAAAAUUGUCUUUUUGAUUUUACUGUUUGGUUCUCUUCAGCUUUGGACAUAAUCUUUCAUGUCAUUUUCUCAUUACUGCUGGCAUUGAACCUUAACUGUUUAGCACAUAUUAUGCUUGUGUAGCAUUUUGCACAAUGUACUUUUGGUUUAAAUGUAGCAUUACAGAAAUGUGGUUGCCACGUUUAUUUUUUAAUGCUAAUGUAAGGAAGGGGCGAGUAAAGGUACAACUGAGUAUUUUUAAUAGAAGUUAUGGUAAGUGAUGUUGAAAUGUAUCUUUGUCUCUACAUCUAAAUCAUGAACUUUGUUUUUUUUUGUUUUGUAUCUCAAUGUUUUUGUGUGCUUUAUAGCGAAGCAGCCGGCGCAGGUCGCUUGUUCAUAAUGAAAUUUGAGAGCACAUCCCACGGGACAACUGGCUGUGCUUGCUAACGUUUGGUUCAUGACUUAAAAAACAAGUACAGGAGUCAUUCCUGAUGAAUCUAAAGCGAUGUCGCUUCUGGCUCCAGCUAACGCUGUAGCAGGAAUGAUGCCAGGAGGAGGUCUUCUUCCAACACCCAACCCUCUGGCCUCGAUAGGAGCAACCCCGUUCGGAGGUCUUGGGGCUCCCAGCAUGGACCAAAUAGCUGCUAUGGGAAUUGCGGGGCCCAACAUGAGUCCCCACGCUUUUUCUGCGGACUUCCUCAAGCUUAUGCAGUCUAUUGACCCAAAGCUGAACCCACUGGCAGCCGGAUUAAACCUGGCCCCAGGCCUGAAGCCAGAUUCCUCCAACAAGGAGAUUGAAGAGGCGAUGAAGAGAGUCCGAGAGGCCCAGUCUCUGAUUUCUGCUGCCAUCGAACCUGGAAGUAAGAAAGAUGACAAGCGCAAACAUUCCCGAUCUCCUUCAAGGUCGCGCCGCAAACGGUCGAGGUCUCGGUCAAAACACAAACGUUCAAACAGCAGAUCUAGGCAAAGUUCCCAUUCACGGAGCCGGAGGCGAUCCAAGAGUCCAAGGAGGAGGAGGACUCGCUCUCGGGACAGAAGCCGUCGCAGCAGAUCCAGGGACAGGAGAAAAGAAGAAAAGUCCAAGAAAAAAUCCAAGACGCCUCCUAAAAGCUACAGCAGUGCCAGGAGGUCUCGCAGCAUCAGUCGGAGGCGCAGGCGAAGUCGCACUGCUUCCCGGUCCCCAAGGAAACGGCCUUCCACGUCUCCGUCCGUCGGCCGCCACAAGAAGGAAAAGAAGAAGGACAAGGACCGCGAGAAGAACCGCGAUAGGGACAGGAGGGAAGAGCGGAACCACACCAGAGACGAACGAGAACGCUCCACCAGCAAGAAAAAGAAGAACAAAGACAAGGAACGAGAGCGAGACCGCAAAUCCGACAGCGAGAAAGGAGACGUAAAAGUUACACGGGACUACGAUGAAGAGGAGCAAGGCUACGACAGCGACAAAGCAGGGGAGGAGGAAGAUGACAGGAGGAGCGAAUCGGAUUCUGUGUCAUCUCCCAAAGAUCAGGAGGACAUGGAGCGAGACGAGCGUCAAACGUCCAAAAGGUCCAAACUAAACGGAGACGAUCGCCAUCAGGAGGACAUGGAGAUGAGCGACUAAGAACUUUCUGUGCCACCAUCUACUGAAUUCUUUUCAUAUUCCUAAUCUGGGCCUCAUUAUGUCUGUGCCUGAUAACUGUUAGCAGGUUUUUAUCUUAACAGCAAAAUCCUUGUGGACAGAGGGCCUAGAUCUGGUCAUUUUUGUAAAGAUAAUAAGAUCGGGACUAAAAUACAAAUGACAUGAAAUAUGGUUUUUAAACUAUGAUUUAUGCCAUUUGUUUAGCGAUCAUGUUUUUAAUGCUGUAUAGUUUUCCUGAAAACUGAACAUUUUCAGUAGGAUUGUUUUUCCCCACCUCUCUUGUCUUGACUUAAAAAUAUUUUCCUUGUUGUCAUUUAUCAACCAGCACCAUGUUUCUUUAAAUUGUGGCAAAGUUAAGAUGAACUUUAAUGCACUGUCAUGAAGCUGUUAACCAGAAAUAUAGUUGUGUGUAAACUGGCUCCAAUACAAUAACAAUUUCAAAACAAAGUGGCUUCAACUCUACUUAAGGCAGAGCAGUAAUAAUUGAUUUAAUUAAUAAUACAUAAACAUUUAUGCAGUUAAAAUGAAUCUAUCAUGUUAUUUCUGGAAGUGUACUUUUAAAUUACUGUAGCUAACUAACAAUUUAGCUUUUGCUGCAGCAUAAUGUCCACUGUUUUUACUUUUUAGUAUGUUGGGAUUUUUGCUGUACAGUUGAUAUAGAUUCUCACAGAAAACAUUUGGGAUUAAAGCAGCUGAAGUCAGGAUGAAAUGUCUGUUAAAUGUACAUGUUGAAUCAGGUCAAGAGGCACAAACACACUAGCAAAACUUUACUGUACAAAGGAAUGUCAUGGAACAAUGAAAACUGGGUUUUAAAUAAAAGCACUGUCUAAAUAA